ACAUAUAUUUCGUCUUAGACAUAAAAUAAUAUCAUACUUAUAAUACAGCAACUAAGAAAGGCAAGCCAUAAAAAAAAUGGCCUUCUCUUGCAAGGAUUUCAAGGUUGGAGCUUGUGAAGGCCAGAAGGUGGUGGACGGCGAAAUCAUGCCCUUACUGCUGCAGCCCUCAGAACCCGGUAAAAGCAGCGUAGAUUCGCUCCUCCUGACCUUCAAGACCAACAAGGAGUGGUUCGAUGAGAUGAUCAUCAAGCAUAGUGCCGUCCUGCUCCGAGGCUUCAAUGUCAACACUGCUGAAGAAUUCAACGACAUUGUCGAGGCCUUCGGCUGGGAGAAUAUAAGAUAUGUUGGACCAGCGCCGCGAACGCACAUCUACAAACGUGUGUGGACAGCCAACGAGGGACCUCUCUCCGAGUUCAUAUACUACCACCAUGAGAUGGUUCUUAUAAAGGAGUAUCCCAAAAGACUGAUGUUAUUCUGUGAGAUACCGCCACCAGAAGGAGGGGAGACUCCGUUUGUUCCAAGUUUUAGAGUAACAGAGAGAAUGUUGGAGGAGUUCCCAGAAGUGGUGGAGGAAAUUGAGAAGAAGGGGUUGAAAUAUACGUUCACCACUCUCAGCAAGAAUGACACUUCAUCCAUGAGGGGUAGGGGUUGGGAGGAUGCAUUUGAAACAUCUGAUCGUGCUGAGGCUGAAAGAAGGGCCAAGGCUCUGGGAAUGGAGAUGGAGUGGCUACCAAACGGAGGGGUGAAGACAAUUCUGGGGCCGAGGAGGCUAACGAAGGUGUUUGAUGGAAGAAAAGGGAGAAGAAUGUGGUUCAACACGAUGGUUGGCAUGCAUGGCAAAGAACACAGCUCGGCAUUAAUGGCAGAUGGCACAGAGAUACCGGCUGAGUUCGUAAAGAGAUGUGGAGAGAUUAUUGAAGAGGAAAGCAUUCAAUUCAAAUGGGCCAGGGGUGAUGUUCUUUUCUUUGACAACCUGGCUCUGCUCCAUGGCAGAAGACCUUCAUUGCCUCCCCGAAGAGUGCUAGUUGCCACUUGCAAAUAGUCACUACCCACCAUUGCUGAAUCACUCGUGCAUUCACAAUAUUUAUCCUAUUCCCACGUUUUAUCCUAUUCCCCUUUGGGUCACUUAAUAAUAAAUCACCGUUUUUCUUUCAAUAUAUCAAAAGAUAUCCAAACAUCAAUGAUAUAAGCUUCUUAAUAUAUCUACCAGCACAGAGAAAGCUUCUCCUUGAGCAUA